AUGGAGGCACUGAAAGCAUGUUAUGGGGAUGGAUCUUCUGAUUCAGAUUCUGAAUCUGCACCUUCAGCUCCAAAAUCUGCUCCCUCAGAAGCAUUCACACCCUUGCCACCACCCCCUAUCUCUCUCCUUGACCCACCAACUGUUCUUGAUCUGCAGAUAGGUCAGACAGCAAGAAUUAGGAGCUUCCCUCAUGUUGAUGGUAACUAUGCCUUACAUGUUUACAUACCAAUUAAUAUUUCAUCUCCAUCAAAGAAAGAGCUAUCUGCUUUCUUGAAAAAAGUGUCAUCUCGGGAACCAAAUCUUAAUGUUGUUGAAGUUGAUGUCCCACUAAACAUCCUCUGCCAAAAUUAUGAGAAGCUCGAACAAGUUGCCUUAGGAAGGGAGUUUCACAUAAGUUUGGGAAGAACUGUUCCAAUACGAGUGCACCAGAUUGACUCAGUGAUCUCAAUGCUUAGACAGAAGCUUCAAAUUCAACACCAGUUUUGGAUAGACUUUAACAGGUGGGAGGUUUUUGUUAACGAUGAUCACACACGGACCUUUCUCUCAGUAGAAGUUGUUCAAGGAGGGUUACUAGAGAUAACAAAGCAAAUUGAAGCAGUAAAUACAAUUUACAGACUUCAUAAUCUUCCCGAGUUUUACAAGGAUCCACGUCCUCACAUAUCCUUAGCAUGGGCCUUGGGUGACAUUGCCCAUUCAUUGAAGAAAGUUGUCGACGAGGAAAUGAAGUGCGCUGUGGGAAAAUCAUUCAAGAAGUGUAUAUUCAGCUGUAAAUUCAAAGGUAUUGAAUGUAAGAUUGGCAAGAAAGCAUAUACAAUAUGUAAAAUUUCUGAUGGUCAAUAA